AUGGCUCACUUGGAAGGGUCCCUGCCUGCGGGCCGCCGGUCCUGCAGUGCAGUGCCAGCUCUGGACAAGGCUUCAUGCUCCAGUGUCGUACCUGCUGCCCGCCCCUGCUGCAGGAGUUCUGUCACAGUGCAUCCCCCCUGCAUCCCCAAGCCCUUCUGCCCCCAGAGGUGCCAAUGGAUUAGCCACUGCCUCUGCUCCACCAGCCCAGCAUGGAAGAGGCUGAGUACAUCAGGGAGAUCAGUGGGCUUAGGCAGCAAUGCCCCUGUGCUGGUAAGAGGGGGAGAAGAUGGAUUUUAUUACCGUGGUACAGUAAAAGAGGAGAUAGAGCAAAAUGAAAGAGGCAUGUUCCAGGUAGAGUUUGCCAAACCACUUGUGUCAUGUGGAAGGAACCCAAUAUGUGUGCAAAAAACAGCAAAGGAUGACAUUGUGGAAUAUGUGAAUGGGAUGAAGCACUCCUUACUCCCUGGAGACAAAGUGCUGGCACCCUGGGAAGCAGAUAUGGCCAGAUAUGGCCCAGGAACUGUUCUCACAGGCAUUGAGACAAGGGACCCCUUAAAAGCCUCGGAAGAUGAAGAAAUUAUAGUCCAGUUCUGGAAUAACAGGAAAGUGAAGCUCCCACGAGGUGUGGCUCUGUGGAUCCCUCCUAGCUUGUGGGAGAGGACUGUAGAGAUGAUCCACAUGCCCUUCACCAGCAGGGUGAAGCCUAGAGAAAGUCCAGACACCAAGUCUUGUAUUUUUUCCUGCAGUCCUAAAGCAGCCCUGAUUCCCGUUUGUGCUGUACAUGGCCUCACCAAGCACUGCUGGCUCUGCUCUCCCUGCUGGUCACAUUUCCACUGCCACUGUGCUGGCAUGUGCUGUUCGUCAGCCUAUGUGUGGUGCACCUGCUGCUGCCGUCCCCAUGCUGAUGCCCGGUGGCCUCUUCCAUCUAGGUCUCUGGUCUUUCAGAGCGAGACUGAGGACACAGAGUCCAGCAGGGAGCCCUCUCCACGCCGUCUAGUACUGAAAGGCCUAAACCAAGAAGCAGCAGCAGGUGUGGCACCAUUUUCUCCCUCUUCUGAUUCAGAGUGGGACCUGCAGCCAUUCCCCACUAAGAGUACUGUGGUGGACAGUGCUGUUCAGACAGGCUCCAGCUGUCUGGAGAAGCCCAGGCUAAAGGAUUCUGCAAGACCUGAGAGGCAAUAUUGGAAAAGCAGCCACCCCAAGUCCCAUCCCAGUAAUUCAGCUCUUCUUUUGGCAUCUCAUCCAAUGGAAAACUACCAGAACAAUGAAUGUCAUUUUGGAGCAGGACUUGGCAGCCACAGCAGCACGUGUACAAAGGGUAAGAUGGAAUCCAAAGCCAUCCCCACUGGGGACGUGUCCCCUGUUGCCCCAACUGACCAGAGUGCAAUGUUUGAAACUAUCGAGCAGUCUCCCAGAGGGCAACUCACAAAGGAGGAAGUUGUAAGAGAUGAAGAUCUCAAGCUGUCACUGAGGGAAGAAGGUUUUGCAGCAUCAGAAAAACAAAGAUAUAAAACACCAAGAAAGAAAAAGGAGUCAGAUGAUAAAUGUAAAGUGACCUGCGCAGGAGAUGACAAGUUUGAUGAUACAGCUCAUGUUAGGACAGACAGAAAACACAAAGACAUCACUUGCAACAAAGCAGAGAGACAUGCUAAACCAGAAUUUAAUAAAUCUGCAACUGAUGAAGUUCAGGAGCUGAAAUUUCAG